UACAUUCCUUUAGAAUUUAGUCUUUUAAUUGGUUCUAAUCAUGCGUGUUACGUGCAUUGUGUGGUUCUGUGCUUUUAUUUACUAUUGUUUAUUGUUCAUUGUUCCUUGUGGCUCUCUUCCUUGUUUGCUCUCGGGUGCUGUUUCUUGCUUAUAAUUCGGUCAGUCUUUUUCAUGUCCAGGAUGCCUGCUAUGGUAUCCUUUGUUUUGCCGAUCCUAGAAACUGUCAUGGCUCAUUAUGAACUUCCUCCUCCUACCUAUCUGUGUGAGGUCGAUGGGAAUGGCGAUGUCCUUGCUGGGGUAGAGGUUGAGGUUCCUGGGGAUGGUGUGUUUGAGAUGCCACAGAGAGUUUUCUUUUGGAGUCCUGCGUGUCUGGGUUCUGCAGAGGCGUAUGAACGGGCUGCUCUUCAGGCAAUUAGUUUUUUGCAGGGACUGUAUGGAUUUGUAGUUAGAGAUUACAACUAUGAUUGUGUUGUUGUCUAUAGGAAUUAUGGAAACGCCGCGGUCGCUGUUGCUGCAUCAGCUGUUCGCUAUGCAGCUUAUUUAGAGAGGAUUCUUGCUUGCACGCGCUCGUCCGCCGCAGACCCAUCUAGAAGAGUGUUCCGUGCCCUGGCCCGGCCGCCUGCAAAUCUAGCGUUGCUGUACUCAAGCCUCCUAGCAUCUGUUUCCUUUAUUUAGUCAGUUUGGGUUGUUGUUAUUGUUCCAUUGUCUUGUUUAAUUGAUGGUAAUAUUGUCCUCACCGUCCUUGGGUUUGGUUCAUAAAUUUGAAUUCUGUUGCCAUGUCGAUAUCGUUGUCUUUUAUGUUUUAUAAACUGGGCUUGUCUUGUUUAAUUUCCACCAAGCCAGCUUCAAUAUUUUCUGGGUGUUUGUUUUCUUUUUUGUUGCAGCACUAUGUUGUGUAUUUUCUCGUGCUCUUAGUCCCUUUGCUCGUGGUAUGGCUCCGCGUCGGGCUGUUCCCUCACGUUCUGUUGCUCCUUUGGGGAGGCCUCCUGCUUCGGGGCGUGCGGUUGCCCCGCGCAGGGCUGCUCGUGCUGCUGCUGCAUUGCCUGCUGUCCCGGCCAGCUCUGCCAUUCCCCUUGUUCGGAAGAGGAAGCGAGAUGGCUUCUUUCCUUUCCUAUCUUCUGUUGAGACUGCACGGAAUCGUAAGAGGUGCAAGUUCUUGUUGAAAAGACUACGCGCUCAUAACAAGGGUGAGCAUACCCUUGCGUCGCCUCUGCAUCCUGAUUGGGUUGGGUUUUCUCUUGACGAAGUGGGCAUACUUAAAGCUUUUUAUCCAAAAAGGUCAUACUAUGGAGGUCCAGACUACCGAUGCAACCGCUGCCAGGCUAGCUUUUGGUGGCGCGAGAGGGUUAAGUCACAGUCUGCUAUCACCAAAAGACGAGUGGCCUACAACAACUGUUGUAAGGCUGGGAAGGUCUUCGUUAAACCCUUUGAAAAACCACCUUCGUUCUUAGCAGAUCUGCUUGAUUAUAAAGGCCCGCCCCGCAGCUUAAAGUUUAUUAAGCAAAUACGCCAGUACAAUUGCCUGUUUGCUUUUACAUCUAUGGGGGCAAAAAUUAACCGAUCUAUAAACGAUGGUGGAGGUCCAAAGAUUUUUAAAAUUAAUGGUCAAGUUUGUCAUCGUAUAGGAUCGCUGCUUCCAAAUGAGGGUGAUUCUCCCAAAUAUGCAGAGUUAUACAUACAUGACAGAGAAAAUGAGGUUAGCAAUAGGAUCCAGGCCUUAAGUCAGCAGAAUGAAACUGGCGCUGGGUUAGAUAAGGAGAUUGUGAAGGGUCUUAUGCAGAUGCUUGAUGCAAAUAAUUCUUUGGUCAAAAAAUUCCGUAUGGCCAGCGAGAUAUUGAAAAAUAAUAAACAUGAGGUGAUUUCAAUAAGGCUUAUAGCUCCUAGAGAAAAUGAUAGCGCACAGUUUAAUUUGCCUGCAACUGAUGAGCUAGCAGCUUUGGUUUAUGGUGAGUUUACAUUGGAGGCGCCAUGUAGAGACCUGAUAAUACGCACUAAAGCAGAUCAUCUUUGUCGUAUUUCCUCUUUAGAUACUACUUACAUGCCUUUGCAAUAUCCUUUGUUGUUCCCGUACGGUGAACGUGGCUUUCAGCUCGGUGUGCGCUAUAUUGAUUCUGAUAGUGAUGACCCAAACAAGAGGGUUAAAAUGACCAUGCAAGACUUCUAUUGCUUCUGCUCGCAUUAUAAACCAGAACAACAUAAUCCAUAUCUAUGUUGUGGUCUGUUGUCAUCACAGGCUGCUAUUGAUUUCUGAGCCUGCAUCGAUGAAUGCCGGCUCAAUUUCAUUCUUAAGUGUAACAAUGAUAUGCGGGCUGAGAAUCUUCAGGGUGUUGUCGAUGCGGUAGGACAGGGUAUGGUUGGUGGGUCCGAGGUUGGGAAGAAGAAUAUUAUGCCGUCGGCUUACACUGGUGGUCGCCGGUAUAUGUAUGAAAAAUUUCAAGAUGCUAUUGCUGUCUCACGGGUUCAUGGGUCGCCGGAUGUCUUCACAACUUUCACGUGUAACCCAAAGUGGGAACAAAUCCUUGACUCUGUUGAUCCUGGGCAAACAGCGAUGGAUAGGGCUGACAUUGCUGUUAGGGUGUACCACAUGAAACUUGUGCAGUACCUUCAUCGAAUUAAAAAAGGGAAUGCCUUUGGUCCUGUAGUUGCUGGUACUGCCCCUUGCAAUCCUCUUUCAAUUCCCUUCUCCUCCUUUUAUUUACUACUUACUGUUUCUUCCGCCUUUUCCUCCUAUUUUCAGUCUUGCACACUAUUGAGUUUCAGAAGAGGGGGUUGCCGCAUGCACACAUACUUGUUUGGCAAAAGAAGGACGAUGAUAGGGUCGUCACACCAGCCCUUAUAAAUUCUUAUAUCUCAGCUGAGAUCCCUGAUCCUGUACAGGAUCCUUUGGGAUAUGCUCUUGUUGCUGAGUUCAUGAUGCACGGCCCCUGUGGCGUUGAUGGUCCAAAAUGCCCUUGCAUGAAAAAGGGCUUUUGCUCAAAAAAAAUUCCAAAACCAUUUCAGGAUGAAACUUCCAUUGAUGAAAGUGGGUUCCCCUUAUAUAGGCGGCCUGACAAUGGACGUUUCGUAAUGAAGAACAAUGUCAGGCUUGAUAAUAGACAUGUGAUCCCCUAUAACAUGCUUAUAUUAAAAAAAUGGCAGGCACAUAUUAAUGUUGAAUGGUGUAACAAAACAUAUGUUAUCAAAUAUCUAUAUAAAUAUGUUACCAAAGGACCAGAUAAGUCCAAAACCCUGUUUGAGAACCUUAGGCGUGAUGGGGACCAGGAUGUUGAUGAGAUUAAAGAGUACAGAGAGUGUCGUUAUAUAGUUGAUUAUGAUUCUUUUUGGAGGGUUUACGGCUAUGAUAUACACGACAAAACACCGUCUGUUGAGAGAUUGCCUGUCCAUCUCCUGAACAUGCACAUCAUGCGCUUUCGUACACAUGCUACUCUGAGUUCGGUGAUUAGUGAUGCCUGGCUCCAAAAAACAAUGCUAACUGAAUGGUUUGUGGCAAACAGGGUUCACCCUGCUGCUAGGUCCUUAACUUACUGUGAUUUCCCAACUAGGUGGUCUUGGGUAGCUGAGGACAAGAGAUGGAAAACUAGGACAAGGAGCGAUAGAAUUGGUAGAAUAUACUCUGUGCAUCCAGCGACCGGAGAGCUUUUCUAUUUUAGAAUGCUCCUUAUGAUUGUCAAAGGUGCAACGUGCUAUGAGGAUGUUAGGACUUACAAUGGCAUUGUAUACUCAACGUUCAAAGAAGCAUGUGGAGCAAGAGGGUUGCUUGGUGAUGACAUGGAGUGGUAUACUGCUUUUGACGAAGCUGUUAAAUGGGGUAUGGGAAACCAAUUGCGCCAGCUGUUCGUUACUAUGAUCCUUCACUGUGCUGUCAAUGAUGAAGUUGUUUUCUUUGAAAAAUACGAGAUUU